UUAUCAACAAAUGUCGGCAUUUAUUUAAAAAAAUAUCUCUUUGUAAGUAGCAAAUGUAAAAAGUUUUAUUUAGAUUGACAAAAUAUGGAUAGGCAAGACAUGGUAAUUUUUUUAAAAGCUCAUUGAAUAUGAACGUUGCUCAGAAAAUUAAAUACUUGGAAUGCUUGCGAUGGUCUUACACGGUCCCAAUAUUAUGUUAUUUGGCAUUUUUCGUCAUGAUUUGGAUGUUGGCUGUACCUUUAAAACACAAUAUAAAAAUUGUCAAGGAUUUAAAAGUGAAUGUAGAAGAUUCUUUUGAAAUCCGAAUUAAGAACAGUAAUUUCAAUACUGAUAAACGAGGCGAAGAGGAAUUGAUUGAUAAAAAUGAAUAUUUGGUUGAUUUUAAUAAGGAUGGUACUCGAACUCUAAUGGAAGUUUUUGAAAAGGCUGAUAAAGACAAAAACAACAAACUUGAUUCGAAAGAGUUGGCGAUGUGGAUUAGACAAAAAAUUGUGGAACAUAUUUCUACUGCUAUCAGUUCAAAUUUGGAAUUGUUUAAUCUUAUUGAUGUUAGUCCCCAAAAUGGUGUGAUCACUUGGAGAGAAUACCAUACAUACUUUUUAAAAAAGAGGGGAUUUAGUGACAAGUUUAUCGGAGAUCAUGAUGAAAAAAGGCAUAGGGGACUUGAGAGAUCUCUUAAAGGUACGUAUUUAUCAGAAAGAAUAAUGAGAGAUAAAGCAGCAUGGACUGAAGCAGCCAAAUCGAAUCCAAACACAUUAACUAUAGAUGAAUUUUUGUCCUUUACCCAUCCCGAAUCAAGUGUUACGAACCAAUUGAUGCUAGUGGAUGAACUAUUUGACAAAUUUGAUAGAGACGGCGAUGAGCUGUUGACAGAAGAUGAGUUUGCCGUUCUACAAACUGAAGGUAAUGGUGAUGAGCCAUUGAUAGUAAGGCAAGACGAAAACGAACGAAGAGAAGAAUUUCGAAAACGAAUCGAUCUUAAUGGAGAUGGUAGAGCGGAUAGGAGGGAAUUAUUACACUAUGUUGCUCCUCAAAGUCCCAGACACAGUGAACAUGAAGCGGAGGCUCUUCUGGCUCUUGCUGAUAACGACCAUGAUCAAAUGUUAUCUUUAGACGAAAUGCUUGCACAUCCGGAUUUGUUUUUAAAAUCGAAGAUGGUCGACACUGCCAGAAGUUUUCAUGAUGAAUUUUAAAUACAG